AUUUCGGAAACUCUUAUCUUUAAGUGUCGAUCAUACAUUGCACACAACAACAACAAAUGCCGAUAAUCUUCUAGCGUUCGUAAAAGCUAGGGUUUCAUAAAAAAAAAAGUGGCUACCAUACUCUGCAUCUGCUGUUCCCCGCCAAAAUUCCAAAAAUUAAAAGCUAGAGUUUCUUGCUGGCUCCUCAAUUUCCUAGCUGAUCCAUCAGAAUCGACUGAGAUGAGCAAGAUUAUCGGAGGUCCAGGAACUGUGUGUGGUCUGAUACUGAGAAUCGGACAAUUUCUUUCUGCUUCCGCAUCAAUGUCCGUUAUGCUCACUGCGACGGAGUCCUAUAACCGCACUGCUUUCCACUACUUGAGUGCUUCAAUGUGUCUUCAAGCAACGUGGAGUUUCUGGCUUGCAUGUGCUUAUCUUUCUGCUCUGAAGUAUAAGAAAGAUCUCCAAACCCCAAUCUUGGUUAGCUUAUUCCUCGGUGGCGACUUGGUGACUGCAGUGUUAUCUCUUGCAGCUGCAUGUUCAUCAGCAGGAGUUGUAGUUUUAUACGCCAAAGAUGUCGAGUGUUGCGAUGUCCAUGACCAGUUUUCAUGUCUUAGGUAUGGAGUUGCUGUGGCGCUUUCUUUCGUCACUUGGGUUCAAAUUGCAGUUUCCUUUCAUGUCUCAUUUUGGAUCUAUGCUUCGGUUUAGUUUCUUCAAGUGUGAAGAAACAAUUGUAAGCUGGCUAAGAUGACAUGUAACAUUUAGCUUCAUAUGA